GCCCGCCCGUCACUCUCCUCCGCUAACUCUCACUCACUCACAAACUCACGCACACACGCACUUACGGACACACGCAUUCACUCUCUCAAUCAAACAGUCGGGGCUGUCGUGUCCCCUGGGGCUGACUGGCCUGUCCUCUACAACUGACCAGCUCAGGAAGAAGAAUAAAAAGAAGACAAAGUUUAGUUUUUAGUCUCCCACAUCUGCCGCCGAGAAGUCUGCUGUGAGUUUCCUGCGUUGUGUUGUCGAGCUGUGCUGUGACUGCCGACUGCUGCUGCUGCUGCUACGAAGGAGUGACCAUGACCCUGGGGGGAGGAUGCCGCCUGCUACUGGUGACCCUGGUCUUCUCUCAGGCUCUGGCGCUGCCCCACCACCAACAGGGCCUGAUCGAGGAUGGGGUGGAGGAAGGACAGGAUCUGGACGUGUUCCUGAGGCAGACUAGGAAGCACGCGCGUCCCAUGUUCUAUAUCAACUGUGGCUACCGAGACCUGUGUUACUGCUACAGCAAGAUCACCCGCCACCACUACUGCUGUUCCUGCGACGUGGGUGCCUGCUUCCCCGCCACCGCCCGCGCCGCCACGCCCUCAGGCACGCCCACGCCCAUGCACCACCUCAGAACCGGCAACGAAGUACUGGCGGUUGACAGCAAAGGGGCAAUCAUCACCACCCGCAUUCUUGGCUUCCUGGAUCGGAGGCCACGGGAGACAGCACUCUACCUCACACUACGCACCGCCGCUGGACACAACCUUACGCUGUCUCCCAAUCAUGUGUUAUUCCGCGCCACCCCCGCCUCGGCUUCUCCCGCAGCCCGCAACGCCUCCCAGCCCGCCAGCAGCGCCGUCAGCAGUGUGUUCGGCGCCGAAGUGAAUGUUGGGGAUGUCAUCUUCGCAGCCGGCAGCAACCAGACGGGCCUCGAACCCACGGAGGUGAUCGGGUUUGAGUACGAGGUCAUGCAAGGAGCCUACGUGCCACUGACGCAGGAGGGAACUCUUCUGGUGGAGGGCGUGUACGUAUCCUGCUAUGCCUCCUACAACCACGCCCUCGCCCACGACUUCCUGGCGCCGGCACGAGCCUUCCCCUCCCUGCUGCGUCUGCGUCCUGGACUCCUGGAACAAGCUGCGUCAACGGCGAAAAAGGCCGUCUCGAAGGCACUGUGGGGGAUUUUGGGUCGGGAGGAGGAGGAGCAGGAGGACAAGGAGGAGGAAGGGGAGGGGGAAGCGUACCUAGUGAGCGCCGUCAAGGAGAUUGGGCGUCUCUGGUACAGCUCUGAGCAGGCCGCCUCCUAUGUCCUGCAGGUUCGACCCACGGCACCCCCCAACAACCUCCUGCAGAAGCUGUGGCUGUCUGUGCCUCUCCCCCGCACAGCCUUCUCCUUCAUGGGUGUCCUCGCUAGGUCUUGGUAAUCCCUACGUGCUCCCCUUCCCUUUCCCUGACUGUCCCUUACCCCCAAACUCCCUUCCCUGGUCGUACAUCCUUAUCACCUAUGUAACUAAUUUUAUUUGCAUUUAUGUCCCCUCUUCCUCACACUCAAAAUCCUGUCCUAACUCCUGUAUCCUAGUUAUUUAAAACAGUUCACAUUAGCAUUCUAAAUAAGCCCCUGCCUAACAGAGUGUAUGCAAGACACGUCUCUUCUCCAACUCGGGCUGCAUGGGGUUGUUGAAUACUGAGAAAAGUUGAAUCCUAUUGGUGAUUGCUGGGCUGGCGUGGGCUGGGCUUAUUUACCAAAUUAUUUAAACAAAGUAUACUCUGGCACUUCUCAUUUCACGAACCCUACACCGUUACCCUUCAAACUCCCUCUUUCCUACCCUUAACCCAAUGAUCUUACCCCACCCCCACCCCUUACAUGCAUCCCCCACCUUGAAUAUAUACCCCACACCCAAACUCACACCCUUGAACUUAUACUUCCAAGCUUCCCACUCCCUAUCUCCCUCCCAUCGACCCCAAGACUCGCCCUCAUAAAAGAGCUUUGCAUAAUGCCAUGGCUGUUACUUGGGGGUCAUGAACGGAUACGAGUACAUACAUAGGAAAUGAUGAUGGAAGAGAGAGCAAACGUACGUGACCUUUUCAUUUAGAGAAAACGAGAUGUAAACGCACUCAAAGAAGGGGUCACUGAUGAGGAGGAAAGUAUUAGCAUAUAAUCAAUGUGGUGAGGCACUGAUAGAGAGUAGUUAAAACAGUACAUAUACAGUAUACGAGUUGUCUUCUCCUAUGAUGCCAAAAACGUUGAAGCAUGAUACCCUCUAGAGACAUAGUAGCCGAAAUGUUAAGGAAAUAGUAUCAUUAAAGAAGCACCCACCAGCCUACACAUACAGUCAGAACAUUGCUUUAUUUGAGGUAACUCGCAGACUCCUCACACCCAAGCCAAACAGCCGGUCACACUCACUACCCCUCCUUACACGAAUAAAACAGAUAUGAUUUAUUCAGGUUACUCGCAGACUCCUCACACUCGAGCUAUACAGCCACCCAUGCACACCUACAACCCUUCCAUACACAAAUAGAUCAGGCGUACACAUCUAAGGAAUACAUACAAAAACCUCAUUUAGACUUUUCUCCCCACGACACAAAAUGAGGAAAGAAAAGAACGAGGAUAUUAAAAAGUAAUACCAACAGUUCACCCUUAACAAUAUCACCCUCGCCGCCACCACCAGCCCCACAUUAUCCACGACACCAAAACCACCACCACCACCACCGCCGCUGCUACACAUUUUUUUAACUCCCACCGCCACUGCCACUAAAUACAGGACACACCCCAGCAACUCCAAACGCCUCAAAAUGGAGGGACUCAACCGACAGCGCCAUCAAUGAGUAGUGAAAGGAAUAUAGGUCAUGUAAAGGUCAGCUAAGAAGGUCGAAACGGGAGUAUGAAAACGACUAUACAAGAAAGGAAUAUGGGAAUGAUUAUACUACAGGUUAUGUUCGCCAUUCUAAUUGUAUCUCAUAUAUGAUAGGAAUAAAGGUCAUGUAAAGGUCAGUUAAGAAGGUCGAAGAGGAAGUAUGGAAAUGAUUAUACAAGAAAGGAUAUGGGAACGAUUAAAUUAUAGGGUACGUUCGCCAUUCCACACCCUUUGUUCUAAUUGUAUCUCAUAUGAAGGGGGAAACUGCCCUAGAAAAUGUCAGUCGUGAUGUAUGAAUGAACUUUUGUCAAAUUAUAGAAUGUUAACUGAUCUCCAUUUUGACAACAGUUCAUUUUCGUAGGUCAUAUAUUGUCAAAAUAAUGUUAACUCCUAUUGAUUUUGACAAGUUCAUUUUCGUAUUCCAGAUAGUCAAAAUAAUGUUAAUUAAUCUCCGUUUUUGACAACAGUUCAUUUUCGUAGGUCAAAUAUUGUCAAAAUAAUAUAUAACCAAUCUUUAUUUUGAAGAGCUCAUUUUCGUAGGUCAAAUAUUGUCAAAAUAAUAUGUUACCACUCUUUAUUAUGACAAGUUCAGAUCAGUUUUCCAGAGCAAAUUUUUUUUAUUAUAACAAGUUCAGAUCAGUUUCCCAGAGCAAGUUUUUUUAUUAUGACAAGUUCAGAUCAGUUUCCCAGAGCAAGUUUUUUUUAUUAUGACAAGUUCAGAUCAGUCUCCAGAGCAAGUUUUUUUAUUAUGACAAGUUCAGAUCAGUUUCCCAGAGCAAGUUUUUUUUUAUUAUAACAAGUUCAGAUCAGUUUCCCAGAGCAAGCUUUUUUUAUUAUGACAAGCUCAAAUCAGUUUCCCAGAGCAAGUUUUUUUAUUAUGACAAGUUCAGAUCAGUCUCCAGAGUAAGUUUUUUUUAUGACAAGUUCAGAUCAGUCUCCAGAGUAAGUUUUUUUAUGACAAGUUCAGAUCAGUCUCCAGAGUAAGUUUUUUUUAUGACAAGUUCAGAUCAGUCUCCAGAGCAAGUUUUUUUAUUAUGACAAGUUCAGAUCAGUUUCCCAAAGCAAGCUUUUUUUAUUAUGACAAGUUCAGAUCAGUCUCCAGAGCAAGUUUUUUUUAUAAUGACAAGUUCAGAUCAGUUUUCCAGAGCAAGUUUUUUUUAUAAUGACAAGUUCAGAUCAGUUUUCCAGAACAAGUUUUUUUUUUAUACCAAUACGAAGUGGAAUGAUGUGUAUGAAUCAGCGAACUUAAUACAAAGAAAGAAUAUGAAAACAACUAUACAGAUAAAUUCAGUGUCUACUACAACCGGAACCCCACGGACGACGCCCCUGUGUACGCUUGUUAUAUACUCCUGUCUAACCCGGGAAUGGUAUACCUCUUAGUUAUUAAUUAAUGGAUUAAAGGCAACUAUAAGCUUCACAUGCAAGACUUAAUGUGUGUUUCUUUAC